AACAGCCCCUCCUCCAUCAGCUGAUGACUGCAUAAUAUCGACCCAGAGCUUGACAGGAAGUGUAUCCUGUGCCUAGCUGGAAUAUGAGGAGAAGAAGCUUCUUUAUACAGAGCAGCUGGGACAACGAACUAAGCUUUUGACGAGAAAAACAUUUGGAGAUGGACAGUUAUCAGAGAGGACGACCAUGGGGAAAGCUAGUCAAAGUGGACUCCAGUGAAACUGUCCUGCUUUUCAACAGAGAAUGCACAGUUGGCAGAAAGAAAGGAUGUUAUCUCUCCUUCCCAGCCAACAAACUGGUCUCAGGGGAGCACUGCAAGAUUGUGCAAGAUGAAAGCUCAGGGCUGGUGUGGCUUGAAGACAUGAGCACUAAUGGCACGGUGAUCAACAUGUCCAAACUGGUCAGGAAGCAAACUCACAUUCUGCAGAACGGUGAUGUCAUCUACUUUGUAUACAGGAAAAGUGAGCCAGAACAAAACAUUGCCUAUGUUUACCACUCAAUCAAAACGGAGCAAGCUAUUUCACAACAUAAUUACGACACGGAGAGGGCAGCCCACAGUCCUGCUCCUGUUCCCCCUUCAGAGAUGUCACUUUCUGUGGAGCCUGUAAUGCUUACAAAGGCUCCUCGGGAUCCAACUAGGGAGGAACCUCAGCCCUCCACUUCCCACUUCUGUAUUGGGAGCCCUUCCACUUCUGGUCCUGUGGCAACCACAGCCUGCCCCGCCUCGGGCCCAGCUAAAGAUGCUGCCCCAGCACAGGAAGAAGACGUGGACAACACGGAGCCAGAAAGCAAGAGGAGGAAAACUGGUCACGGUAAAUUCUUUUACUUGGAGAUGAACCUGGUUUUCCUUGAUUCCUCACAUUGUUUGCAUGUCCCUUUCUGUCCCACAGAAAAGUGCCGCAGUGAUGAGGACCUGAAAAGCAUGGACAGCCGUAACAAGAUAACUCAGGACAUGUUGCAACCAAAAGUGGAGCGCUCUUUCUCAGACGAGGAGGGCAGUUCCGAUUACCUCUUUGAGCUCUCUGACAAUGACAGUGACUCCUCAGACAUUAGUCAGCCUCUAGUGAUUUGCAGACAGUGUCCUGACUACAGGAGGGAGGUCAGUCAGGUGAUGUUUGCUACAGGUUCCAACUACUGGCUCCCUCGUCUGCCAGCUCCACCGCCUAUACCUCCUCCACCCAAACCAGCAACUGAGGAGGGGUCUGCAAAGCCCACAGGGGAGCAGCCCUCAACAUCCUUUGACAUCCUCCCCGCUCCUCAGGAGUACCGCUGCCUCCCUCAGGGCUUCCAUCUCAUGUGCCACUGCUGCCUCCAGCCAAUGCCAGACAGACGGGCCGAGCCAAACAGCGAGCAGGUUAUUGCUCAACAAUGUGUGAUGUGCCAGCAACCCUUCUGUCACAUGUACUGGGGUUGCCAGAGGAUUGGCUGUCAAGGCUGUCUGGCUCGAUUCAGUGAGCUCAAUCUGACAGACAAAUGCCUGGAUGGUGUGCUGAACAACAAUAACUACGAAUCCGAGAUCCUCCAGAACUACCUGUCCUCCAGAGGGAAGUCAUGGAGAGAUCUGCUCCAGGAGUCUCUGCACAAUUUACAGCAGGGAGACUACUAUCUGUCAGAUUGUCGCAUCUCUCCAAACGCAAUCGUGUGUUUCUGCUGCGGCCUGCGAGCGUUUAAGGAACUGGCCUACAAGUACAGACAGAACAUCCCUGCAUCUGAACUGCCAGCGGCUGUAACAUCUCGUCCCGACUGUUACUGGGGACGUAACUGCAGGACGCAGGUGAAGGCGCAUCAUGCAAUGAAAUUCAACCACAUAUGUGAGCAGACACGUUUCAAGAGCUGAAUGAGCCGAGGUUCCUCCACCUGCAGCAUCAAACGUAGAUAACCGAGCGUCUCGUAGACACGACCUCGUUAGGUUCCAUUGUGUCCAUUCAUUGUUACUGCCUUCCAGAUGUUAUGCAAUAACCUAACGCAGAAAUUACAAUCAGUAUCCAUUUACAAUAGUGACCGGUGUCUUACCUGACACGGGGGCUGUAUGGAAUAAUGCUAUGCACAAUAACAUUAAAGUUCAAUGUUUCCUUGA